UAUCAAAGACUUGAUGCAAUAUAAACGUAGUCUCUUUUCACUUUGUCCCUUCUCGCCUCCACUACAAUGUCAAAACAAGGAAGGAUAGGAAGUGGUAUAUUAUGGGAAAAGGAACAUUAAAGGAAGACACCAAAUCAUCUUCGUUCGUUGAGGUGAAACCAAAAACACACAAAGAAAUGGCACAGCUAGAGACGAAUAAUCUUUUUUAUUUAGCUGCUCUCGCAUUGUUUGCAGCCGUUUGCGUGGUACCACUGACAGCUGAGACAUCUAAAGCUGAUAUCCGUCAUCAUAAGCACUUACCUUUGAAGAUGGAUGAGGCACUUUUGAGAGUCAACAACGAGCUGGAGACAGAGGUGCUGGUGUCCUGGAAGUCAGACCGCUGCUACCAGUGUUUGUACCAGCAGCUUGGGGUGGUACCUUCAGGGCCCAGUCCUGGUCUGCCCAGUUCAGUCGACUUUGUUGUAGACACGCAGCAUGAAAUAACACUACAGCUCAACAGUACUCCUGUCAGCCUGGAGUUCUGCAAAGUUCAGUUCCACUUUGGGGAGCAUGGGAACUACUCACUGUGGGUGAAAAAUCUGAACGAGCCUGGGGUUGUCAACUGCUCUGUUGUGACAGAUGCAGACCCGGUGAACAGCUAUAUCCCGAUCCUGGUUGCUUUUUUUAUCUUUGUUGGAAUGGCUUUGGUGUUUGCCAUUGGAAGAAGAUUACUAGGAACUGAUGUCAUGAGAGGUCUCAUUCUCCGAAUUGGUGGGUCCAUGGAGACAGAGAGACUCAUCAACUCUGAACUGGGCUCCCCUCGGAUAGAGACACCCGUCACUGACAACAUCCUCCCUCCUCCAGCCAGCAACAGAAGGCUUCGGUCUCUGGACACAUUCAGAGGUAUCUCCUUGGUCAUUAUGGUGUUUGUAAAUUACGGAGGAGGACGAUACUGGUUCUUCAGACAUGAAAGUUGGAAUGGUCUUACAGUGGCAGAUCUCGUCUUCCCUUGGUUUGUGUUCAUAAUGGGCACAUCCAUCGCGCUGUCUAUCAACUCUCUGCUGCGCGCAGGCCUGAGCCGUCGCUCUCUGCUCAGGAAGGUGGUGUGGAGGAGCAUGCAGCUGUUCCUCAUCGGCGUCUUCGUCAUUAACCCAAACUACUGCCAGGGAGCAUUGUCUUGGAACACCCUGCGAAUCCCCGGUGUGUUGCAGCGCCUCGCCUGGUCGUACUUGGUUGUAGCCAGCCUGGACUUAUUGGUGGCAAGAGGAAACCUCGACAUCUUCACAACAGAAGCUUGGUGGUCUACUGCCCUGGACAUCUUGCUGUACUGGCCAGCCUGGUUGUGUGUGCUUCUUUUGGAAACCAUCUGGCUUUUCCUCACUUUCCUUCUUCCUGUCCCAGAUUGCCCAACUGGCUAUCUGGGUCCAGGUGGGAUCGGAGACAUGGGCCUCUAUCCUAAAUGCACCGGUGGAGCAGCUGCUUUGAUUGACCGUUGGCUGUUGGGAACAAACCACAUCUACCAGAGUCCUUCAUCACGGGUGGUUUAUGCAACGUAUGUCCCAUAUGAUCCAGAAGGUGUUCUGGGCAGCAUCAACUCUGUCCUCAUGGCUUUUCUUGGAUUACAGGCAGGAAAAAUAAUCUUACACUAUCGGGAUCUCCCUACAAGUAUUAUAUCAAGGUUCCUCCUAUGGGGUCUGUUUUUGGGAAUCAUAUCCGCAGUACUGACCAAGUGUUCCACAGACCAGGGAUUCAUCCCUGUUAACAAGAACCUUUGGUCUCUCUCCUAUGUGACAACGUUGGCUUGUUUUGCCUUUGUGCUGCUAGUGCUGGUGUACUACACAGUGGAUGUGAAGAAAUGGUGGUCUGGAGCACCUUUCUACUACCCUGGUAUGAACUCCAUCCUUGUGUAUGUUGGCCAUGAGGUGCUAGAGGACUACUUUCCCUUCCGCUGGAACAUGACAAACAGCCAAUCCCAUACUGAGCAUCUCAUCCAGAACCUCUUUGCUACUUCCUGUUGGGUCUUCAUCUCCUACAUACUCUACAGAAAGAGGAUUUUCUGGAAGAUUUAGCAGAGGAGCCUCGAACUGAACAUCAGUGCACAACAAAAGUAGAGGACAUUGUUUACAUCAGAAUUGCUGGAGAUUAAUCUGAAAACAUUUUGCCAGUUUGAAGCAGGGACUGAUUUACUGUCAGUGCUGCGAUGAUCUUCUGUCUAAAUUUUUUCUUUUUGUUUAAACAGCACUUUUUUUUUCUUUUUGUAAACAGAGUAUUGGGCCAUAAAUAUUCUAUACUUCAUCCAAAGAUCUUUAGUUAUGAACAACCAAGCCGAGCUCUGUCAAACAUCUUCACUUAAUGAUGUAAAGCUUAGACAAGUAUGGUUUGCCAAUUUGGCAACUGUGGAGACUACCAUUAUUAAUCUGCUGUUGGACUAUAUAAGAUAAGUUCCAGCAGCAGGAUGCUGCUUUUAUUAUUUUCAAACCCUUGUUGGUUUCUCUUUGGGAUAAUCCCUGCUGCCAUCUUAAGUAUUAAACUCUAAAAGCAGAAGUGGGGUCACUGUGAUCUUUGAAAAGACAAAAAAAGGUCACUCUUGAUUGUAUUGUUAACAUAUAUCAUUGCCACACCACUGUGGAAGAUGAAGGAAUGGGGGCAGGCUGUUUAGGAGGUCAUAUUAGAUGACUAAUAUAACCUGCUCGAGGUUGCUUGUUUCGCAUUUUGGUUCAUGCUGAAGCAGCAAGUAUAUACAUAUUUUUGGGGAUUGCAACGAACAAGUUACUGAAAUGCCCUUUUUAAAAUUCUGCCGCAUGUGUGCCUUCAUAUUAGUUUACAUCAGCAUAAGCAGAACUGAUUUAAUCUUAUCUUGACAAAUUGUGUCUUUGCUAUUUGUUGACAAGUGUGCCCUAAAUUAACAGAUUUCUGCUAUUUAUUUCUACAUACAACAGUAGCAAUUGUAAUGUUUGUAAUGAGUGCAACAUCCCAUAGGGCUUACUAUACCUUAUACAUGUGCCCCCUGUUUCAUCCACAGUUCAUAUAAACUUUAACACUUUUUCUUUUCUUUUUUUUUUUUUUAAGAAUCACAUGUUAAAUAUGUAGCUUAUCUAAUGCUGUCAAAAAUUCAUGUAGUACUGUGAACAGAUUCCAAGUAAUUUUGUCAAACUUUUAUUCAUAUAAUUUUUAUAUAUUCACUGUUUAAAAAUAAAAACUA